UACAUGAAUAUCAUUAUAGCUAACCGCCACGCAGCAUGGAUUGUUACUAGUAGAAGAAUUAGCCCCUGACAGAAGGCGACGUAGAUGGAUAGAGUUGUAAGGAUGUGAUACUAGAACUCUCCAGACUAGCAACAGGACCUUUGGAACACCUUGUCGAAAUUAACAGCCUAAAUGCUCAUUUAUGUGAAUGUGACCGUCGACCAUGGUUUCAUGGCCCUCUAGCUCUGUGCAAUGAUGGCUUCAAGCUCAGUGUUUUUCUUGUAGGCUUUCAACUCCUAGCCUUAAUUGAUACACUGUCUGAUAUAGCCCUCUGUGUACGUGUAUCUUCUGUCCCUAACAUGCGGUGGCUUUAUCACUAUGCUUGUGGGCGUGUAGCCCACUUGACUUUGCUGACUGUGCAGAACAAAGUUCAUAUGUGAGUUUGACCAGACUCAAGCUUUUAGGUUGAGGCGGGUAUUCGAGACUACAUGUCAGGGACAUCUUUGGAACACUGAAGAAACUUGUGAAGACCCAAUGAGGGUGGAGUAUAGCGGGGCAAGAGUGAGGUGGUGUUGGUCUAGCCAUACUGAGGAACACACUAUGGAGCAGAUACCCAGCUCAGCAUUUCAAAUGCCAUUUGAUGGACUAAUUAAGAAUGACAAGCGGAAAGAAAUGCUUUGAACGAAGUGAUGACAACUGGCUGGAGGACGAAGGCUCGGGAAAUAAGUAUGGUUGUCGCAAAAUUAAUACCAGGAGGAGGUUCAAAGGUCGUCCUGUGGACUUCAGACAACAGUGGAGAGGGCUGUGUGGUUCGUAUCAGCGGUGGCAAUGACAAGCAGGGUCCUCCUCAAGAAGGGGCACAGUUGUUACAGACCCAGACGCACUGGAGAGAGGAAACGCAAGUCAGUGAGAGGCUGCAUAGUGGACAGCAACUUGAUUGUGCUCAAUCUAGUCAUCAUCAAGAAAGGAAACGACACCUGACCCCCUGAAUUAACCUCUCAGCUAAAAAUGUUGUAAAAGUACUCGAUAUAAUGAAGUGUCAUUGUAAUGAUGUCAUUGUCACCCAGAGUAACCACUGUCCCCUCAGAUCUGUGCCCGGCCCUACAUUGUGUUCCGAUGGUGUCCUGGUGCUAAGAUGCGCUACAAGAAAACAGAGGUCUGCCAAUCAUGUGCCCAACUCAAGAACGUCUGUCAAACCUGUCUCCUUGGUGAGCCCUGUCACUAUAUAACCCUCUCUCUGUUGCUAUGGUGACACACAAUCAUCAGUACACUGCAUUCAAUACUUCCUAGAACAACUUUUUUCAAGUCAUGAAUUUGUAUAAAAAGUCUCACAGUAUAUCUCUCCAGGGUGUCAUACAGGAUUUUGAAGUAGAGGGGGGAAAUAAGAAAAGUAACCAGAAAAUGUUGCUAAAAAAAGGUCAACUGUUAUUUCAAUACCCAGCUAUGGACACUCAGUCAUCAUUGAAAGGGGGGGAAAUUAGAGCUAGGGAGAUAUCCCCCUUCCCCCCCACCCUGUAUGACACCCUGCUCUCUGUUUCCAUACAUAGUCUAAUAAAGGUCGCGUGUAGCUCUAAGGUCAGUGUGUAAGGUCAAGUUUCUUAGCUUUACUAACUUUAAUUUUAGCAUUAAAAGUCUGUCACUCUUAAAACUAAUAACUUGUUGUGUGUAUGAGGGCUUUAACCGAAUAGCCGCGGUUAUGAUUUCAUACGUAGUACCGCCCACCGCGGAUCAGGAUCUCCUGGACUCCAACGGAAUUUUCAACCAGCCAAGGCCACAGCGAAGGAUCCUUUUAGAGGUAACUUCCUAGCAAACUAGUCUACAGCAGUUACUCGUCAGGAUCUCCUGGUUUCCAAUGGAACAGUCUACCAGCCAAUGCCACAGCGAAGGAUUAAUUCAGAGCAUUCGCCUCCGUCGGGCAAAGAAAGAUGCAACUAACUUUUAGGCACCUGCCUAGCAUUCUCUGUCGGGAUCUCCUGGUUUGGAACGGACCAGCCAAGGCCACAGCACUUCAUAGGUAAGCUUUGUGGCUGUGUAUUAAACUGCUAGUACGCUUACUCUACAUAAUUAUAGAUAGCUUGUAAAGUAGUAAAUGUACACUGGUUACGUGUUACAGUCAGUACUAAGUAUUUCUACUCAUGUUCAACAGGCAGGAUAAAAACUCAUAGGAGUUGAGGCUUUAUACAACUACACAGAGAAAAGAGGUGUGCUGUUUUAGACCCUGAGUGUGUGCUAUAUUAGCACCGUGGUGUGCUAAACAGUGAUUCAGCACACUACAUGUGCUGUUUUGUAGGCAUAUAGCACAGCCUACGUGUUGUAUUGGUGUGCUUUUUCAUGGCUUGUGAUUUUGAUGUUCGAUUAAUGUGCUAAAUGGACUGUGCUAAAUGUAAUGGGGUGUGCUGAAACAGGUAAACAUGCUAAUUCAGCACAGUGUGCUGUUUUCAGUACCAAAUAAGGGCAUGCAGUACAACAGAUGUGCAGCUGCAGCUGCAUAGCAACAAAGAUUUUUUUUGCUGUUCUUGCAAAGAAGAAAAGAAGUGGAGUUUAGACAUGGGAACUAGCAUUCGCCUCGUGCAAAGAAAGAUGCAACUAACUUUUAGGCAACUUCCUAGCAUUCUCUGUCGGGAUCUCCUGGUUUGGAACGGACGGCCACAGCAUUUCAUAGAUGGCAACGACCUCUGCGUACAUCCUGGUGGUGAAGAGGGAAGUGCGCUAUUCCUAGCGAUUUCAAGGGUGUCUUGCUCUUUUUGGAGCAGUAGUCGCCAAUUAGCUUCUUGGCCAACUCGUGACGAAAUGAGAGGAGGGUUUUCAGUGCGUUGGGCAUCUGUAGUAUCCUCUGAGCUGAUCCCCUCUGUCGACACCCCCCAUGAAGCGAUUAUAGUCCUCGAUGCUCUGUGGGCACGGGACGGAGAUUUUUUCGCCUGUCUUGACUGUACGUUGUACAGAGAUGACCGAAGUGGCGUCAGAGGCUGUGGAGAUCACACGGACAACCUUAUUGUCGCUGAGACCGUCACCUUUUUCUUUCUGGAGAGUCAUGUAUUCCCCCCUGAAAAGGUUUAUUUGGGAGGUACUGUUUCAGUGCAGAUCUACCCUGAAACUUUAUCAUUGCCUCGUCUACUGCAACUUCACGGCCUAAGUUGUAUGCAGCAGAACAGCGCUCGUUGAUCUUAUUGAAGAGGUGGCGUACUUUGGCCAAACGAUCGCUACCUGAGGUGCCUGGAGUUGGGAGAGUGGUGUUGUCCGUGAAAUGGAGGUAUCGUCGGAUGUCCCUAAAGCGAUUGCGUGAGAUCUUCGAUGCAAUUGGUGAGUAGUAGAAUUGCACGUCUCUCCUCCAAUCAUUUUCAAUCGAUGGGAGUUUCACGAUCCCCAUGAAAAUGCAGAAUCCCAUGUAAGCCUUUAGCUCAGCAGUCGUGAGUGGGGUCCAUUUAUCAUGUUGUAGUGGGGUCAUCAUUUGCCUAGCGUAUCAAUUUGUCUCGGCUACUAUGUUAUCCAUUAUUUCAGUGGUAAAGAAAUGCUGGAAUAUGUCUAAGGGAGAACUUGAGAUGGAUACAGCUGGGCCUACAGAUUGGAUGAAGGUCUCUCGAGAAUGGUCUUGAAGGGUGGGAGUCCAAGGGCAGGGGGAACUGUUUCAGGUGUGUGUGUGUGUGUGUGUGUGUGUGUGUGUGUGUGUGUGUGUGUGUGUGUGUGUGUGUGUGUGUGUGUGUGUGUGUGUGUGUGUGUGUGUGUGUGUGUGUGUGUGUGUGUGUGUGUGUGUGUGUGUGUG